UUUAAUCUUCUCUCAAUUAUGCAGAUUGCAGUCACCUAAUCGAACAUUCCUUAUUUCUCAUGGGUGAGAUUGGAGGAAACGAUUAUAACCACGCCUUACUUGCUGGGAAAUCCAUCGAUGAGGUUGGAACAUAUGUUCCAUUUGUUGUCCAGACCAUUAUCUUAGCGAUUAAUGAACUUGUUGAGAUGGGGGCCAAGACAGUACUUGUACCAGGAAACCUACCAAUUGGAUGCUCUGCAGCAUAUUUAACAUUGUACAAUAGCUUUGAUUCUACAGAAUAUGAUAAUUUAACUGGUUGCCUUAUACAAUUUAACAAGUUUGCCGAGUACCACAAUGAACUUCUAGUGACAAAAUUAAACCAAAUUCAAGAACUUCAUCCUGAUGCCAAUAUCAUCUAUGCUGACUAUUACAAUGCAGCCAUGCAAUUUUUUCGUUCUCCGGAAAAAUAUGGAUUUGAAAAUGGAGCUCUAAAAGCAUGUUGUGGAGGUGGAGGGACAUUUAACUAUAACGAUUCAAUACUAUGUGCAAACCCAACAGCAUCUGUCUGUUCUAAACCAUAUACAUAUGCUAAUUGGGACGGAUUACACUUAACGGAAGCAGCAUAUAAAGUUGUCAGCAAGAGCUUAUUGCAAGGACCAUACACGGUGCCCCAAUUCAACUCCCUUUGCCCUACUUCAAUGUUAAAAGAGGGAGAUGAAUUAUCAAGUUUUAUGCGUCGGAGC